AAGACACACAACAAAGCGAGAGAAAAAGAUGACAGGAUUCUAUCACAUUUCACUGAAAGCGCUCUUGUUUUCUUUAUCCUUCACAAUAAUCAUCCACCAUGGCAUUUCCAUUACAAACCGCCCUUAUGAGCUUCACAUACAUGAGCAUGCCCCCCAUACGAGCCUCAUUACAAGCUCUUUCACAUUGAGAAGAACCCACUUUGGUCACCCUGCUCGAAGAGCCGAGUCGGCCAUUAGGUCUGGCUUAGCUGUUGCCUUAAAAACCUCAUUUCACAUCUCGCAGCUAAAAAAACGUAUGGGAAAUGACCCUUUCUAUGUCAAAGGCCUAAGCAUUUGUGAAUCCUUGUACUCCGAUGCUGCUCAGAGGCUCUCAGCAUCUCUAAAUGGCCUUCGAAAGGUGUCGUAUGGACAGGCGAUGAAAUCUGUGUCGAUGGUGGUCGGUGAAAUCGAUACCUGCGAGAAGGGGUUUGGAGAAAGGGCAGGGUAUUCAUCGCCAUUGACGCGGAGGAACGAUGGGUUGGUGAGGCUGUGCAAUAAGGCAAUUGGGAAUUUGAAGAAAAUUCAUUGAGAUUGAAGUUCUGAUUUCUGUUGAUUAUAAAUGGUAGAGGAGGAUCUUAGGUUAGUUACGUUUGAUCGAGUUGGACUUGCCAUCGAUUUGGAGAUGGUUAUAUCUUUGUGUGACUGAUAUACUUAGGCGUAAGGCCCCUUACGCCUGUUCGAAUGUGAAUGUAUGUUUAAAAUGUGAAUGACGUGUAAUUAUAUAUUCUGGAUGAAGUUGUAUGUACGAAUUCGUUUUUGUUAUUGUAAAAUUUAUGUUGGUUUUGUUUUACUCCUCCCAAUUUGAAGAUGUCUGGCUUA